GUUAUUGUGCACUUUGACGCGCGAAAUCUUUCGCUGCUGAUGGAUUGUCUCGGCCUGGCUCUGGCCAACAGUCUCGCCACGCUGAAACUGUUCGCAAUGAGAUGGAAUCGUCGGAUAUUCCACUAUGUCCUAUCGGCAAUAAAUAAAGACUGGAACGAGUGCAUUAAAUACGAAAUUUCAAGAUCCAUUAUGAUGAGAGCGGCAAAUCAGUCCCGUCGUUGUUCUUAUCUGCUCAUCGGUAUUCACGCAAUGGCUGGUUUCGCUUUGUCGAUUGGUGCUUACAUGUUCCGUUCGGUAAACACCGACGUUCGGGAGCUCCCCGUGAAAAUGGAGUUUUCUUUCGAUUUCACCAAAUCGCCACUCUUCGAAUGCAUCUUGGUCGUGCAAUUUCUAUAUAUUCUGACGAUUGCUUCUAUAGUUGGCAUGAUCAAUGCGUUACUCGCUUCAUUGGUGCUUCAUGUGGGCGGUCAAAUUGACAUCAUGAGACAUGAUCUAUUGCAAAUUCCCGUCGACAAUGAUCCUCGUAUAUCCUUAGCCGUCAUCAGAAAUCUUGUUCUCAGACAUCGUAAAAUUAUCAUUUUGGCGGACAAUAUAGAGACUGUAUUUACGGUCAUCGCGUUGAUGCAACUCUUGUGGAAUACCUUGAUCAUCUGCUGCAGCGGUUUGAUGAUAGUAAUUAGUCUCAGCAUCAAGAAAGGCAUGACGGCUUUGGUGAAAUCCAUGCUUCUUUAUGUUGCUAAGACGAUAGAAGUUUUCGUAUUUUGUUACGCGGGCGAGUUCUUAAGUGCUAAGAGUAAGUCGAUUAGCGAUGCAGUUUAUGAGUCACUGUGGUAUGACAUGUUACCGUCCAACAGUCGCGUCUUAUUGUUCAUAAUAGUGCGAUCCCAAAAGCGACUGACAAUCACCGCCGGGAAAAUUGUUGAUUUAACUUUGGAUGGAUUUAUGAGCGUUAUGAAGGCGUCUGCUUCUUAUAUGUCUGUAUUACAUGCGAUGUAUUAAAUUUGGGAAAAUACGAUCUACCCACAGCAAUUUUUGCGGACGUGCUGGAAAGAGUUACGUACAUUAUGAUCCAUGAUAUUGGAGAAGCACAAAAUCGGCUUCGAGUUGAAACA